AUGCCAGAGAUGCUGGAUCAGGAUGCCGCAAACUCAGAUGUACAUUGCUGCCGCUUCUGGCAGUUCCGUUACCACAAGGCCGAUGGCCCCCGAGAGAUGUGGGGACCAUCCAUGAAGGUGGAAGCCAGGUUUUCUGAGGUAGAGAGAGCACCGUUGGAGAAAUGGCAGAAGGCCCAUGCCCAGGAACAUUCCCGAGAUGUCCUCUCACUUGGCAGUGAAGAGACGGUGUUGAUCCAUUCUCUUUGCAGAGGUAUGGAAACAGCUGCUGCACCUUCAGUCCAGGUGGCCAUUUAUUUCACACAGGCUGAGUGGGCCCUGCUGGAUCCGGGCCAAAAAGCUCUCUACAAAGAAGUCAUGCUGGAGAACUAUGGGAGCGUGGCCUUUCUGGAGUGUGGAAAGAGAUUCAAUUGUAGCAGCACUCUUCAACAGCAUCUACAAACUCACAGUGAGGAGGAGCCUUUUGAAUGCUCAGAGUGUGGAAAGAGAUUCCAUCAGAGUUGCACUCUUCAACAGCAUCUAAAAACGCACACAAGGGAGAAGACUUUUGAAUGCUCAGAGUGUGGAAAGAGAUUCAGAUGCAGUGGUGAUCUUCAAAGUCAUCUAAGAACCCACACAGGGGAAAAACCUUUUGAAUGCUCAGAGUGUGGAAAGAGAUUCAGACGCAGUGGCAAUCUUAAAGAGCAUCUAAAAACGCACACAGGGGAGAAACCUUUUGAAUGCUCAGAGUGUGGAAAAAGAUUUAGACGCAGUGGCAAUCUUCAAAGUCAUCUAAGAACCCACACAGGGGAGAAACCUUUUGAAUGCUCAGAGUGUGGAAAGAGAUUCAGAUACAGUAGCACUCUUCAGGCGCAUCUAAGCACCCACACUGGGAAGAAACCUUUUGAAUGCUCAGAGUGUGGAAAGAGAUUCAGACUCAGUGGCAAUCUUAAAGAGCAUCUAAAAACGCACACAGGGGAGAAACCUUUUGAAUGCUCAGAGUGUGGAAAGCGAUUCAGUCAGAGUGGCCAUCUUAAAGAGCAUCUAAAAACGCACACAGGAGAGAAACCUUUUGAAUGCUCAGAGUGUGGAAAGAAAUUUAAUCAUAGUGGCAGUCUUAAAGAGCAUCAAAGAACACACACAGGGGAGAAACCUUUUGAAUGCUCAGAGUGUGAAAAAAGAUUCAGAUGCAGUGGUGAUCUUCAAAAGCACUUAAGAACCCACACAGGGGAGACGCCUUUUGAAUGCUCAGAAUGUGGAAAGAGAUUCAGUCAGAGUGGCACCCUUAAAGAGCAUCAAAGAACACACACAGGGGAGAAACCUUUUGAAUGCCCAGAGUGUGGAAAGAGAUUCACAUACAGUAGUAAUCUUCAAACACAUUUAAGAACCCACACAGGGGAGAAACCUUUUGAAUGCUCAGAGUGUGGAAAGAGAUUCAGACACAGUGGCAAUCUUAAAGAGCAUCAAAGAACACACACAGGGGAGAAACCUUUUGAAUGCCCAGAGUGUGGAAAGAGAUUCACAUACAGUAGUAAUCUUCAAACACAUUUAAGAACCCACACAGGGGAGAAACCUUUUGAAUGCUCAGAGUGUGGAAAGAGAUUCAGACGCAGUGGCGAUCUUCAUAAGCACUUAAGAACCCACACAGGGGAGAAACCUUUUGAAUGCUCAGAGUGUGGAAAGAGAUUCAAUCAGAGUGGCACCCUUAAAGAGCAUCAAAGAACACACACAAGGAGAAAUCAUAUAACUGCUUGUUAUAUAACUUGUCAUAUAACUGGGAAGAGAGCUUUUCUCUUAUUUCACAUCUAA